CAGCUGCAGUGAGGCUUCCCAGACUGCGUGAAGGAUCAUGACGACCUGCGUGCAACUCAACACCAAAGCCAAGAUGCCCCUUAUGGGGCUGGGCACCUGGAAGUCCCCACCAGGGCAAGUGAGAGCUGCAGUGAUGGCUGCCAUUGAUGCUGGGUACCGCCACUUUGACUGUGCCUAUGUGUACCAGAAUGAGAAUGAAGUCGGGGAUGGAAUCCAGCAGAAGAUCAAGGAAGGUGUUGUGAAACGAGAGGACCUCUUCAUCGUCAGUAAGCUCUGGUGCACAUUUCAUGAAAAGCCUCUGGUGAAGGAAGGCUGUCAGAAGACUCUUGCUGCUCUGAAACUGAAUUACUUGGAUCUCUACCUCAUGCACUGGCCUAUGGGAUUCAAGGCAGGAGAGGAGCUGUUUCCCACAGAUGACAAAAACAUGUGCAUAUCCAGCAACACAGAUCUCCUGCAGACCUGGGAGGCCAUGGAAGAGCUGGUGGAUGCUGGUCUGGUGAAAGCCAUUGGUGUCUCCAACUUUAACCAUGAGCAGAUUGAGAGAAUCCUGAACAAGCCAGGACUGAAGCACAAGCCUGCAAAUAACCAGGUUGAGUGCCAUCCAUACCUUACCCAGGAGAAGCUGAUCAAGUACUGUCAGUCCAAAGGGAUUGCUGUGACAGCCUACAGUCCGCUUGGCUCUCCUGACAGGCCAUGGGCUCAGCCAGGGGAUCCUUCACUUUUGGACGACCCCAGGAUCAAAGAGAUUGCAGCCAGGCACAAGAAAAGCCCAGCACAGGUUCUGCUUCGCUUCCAGAUCCAGAGAAAUGUGGUUGUGAUUCCCAAGUCUGUCACACCACAGCGCAUCGUGGAGAACUUCCAGGUGUUUGACUUUGAAUUGACUAAAGAGGAGAUGGCAACUAUUCUCAGCUUCCACAGGAACUGGAGGAUCUGUGCAAUGACCAGCUCCAAGACUCACAAGGAGUACCCUUUCAAUGCAGAAUACUGAAGAUGCUUGUGACACAGACUUCAGCAGACCUCUUGUGUCUCCUGUGCCUCUGUUCUAACUUUGAGCUGUCUAUUUACCUGAUUUGCCCUGCUGCUGUUGCUGCAAUGAAUACUUGGGACGUUCAUCCCAUUAAAUCUGUUUGAGGUUUUGGAAGAAAAGUACUUUCUACAGAACCAAAAGCAGGAUGUGAUCAUUUCCUGCUUCUUAGAAGAGAGGAUUGCUACUGAAGAGUGUAAGCAGAAGUGCUAAGCAGAAAAUGGGAGGAGUUUGUACCACCAUUCGGUGAUUGCCUUCCGCCUGGCAUCAGCAGAAAGGAGAUGCUGACGAACCACACACAGAGGAAAAGAUAAUCAUGCAUCUGCAAUUCUAUCACAAGUGUCUCAUAUGUUAAAUAAAAUCAAAACUCAAAACUGUAA